GGUGGUAAUUAAAUUAUGUCUAUACUAAAGCUUAGUUACCACAACCUUAGCCCUUCUUUGAAGAAUUGCUUUAGCUAUUGUUCAUUGUUUCCCAAAGAUUAUCAACUUGAUAGGAAGGAGUUGAUUAGCCUUUGGAUGGCACAAGGAUACAUUGUGUCCCUGGACAGAGAUCAAAGCAUAGAAGAUGCUGCAGAGGAACAUUUUUUGAUUUUGUUGCGUAGAUGUUUCUUCCAAGAUGUAAUGAAGGAUGAAUAUGGUGAUAUUCAGUCAGUCAAAAUUCAUGACUUGAUGCACGAUGUUGCUCAAGAAGUGGGGAAGGAAGAAAUUGGCGUGGUAAGUUCUAAUACUAUUAGAGUGAGUGAUAAAAUUCGUCAUGUGUAUUAUGUCGGUGAUAGUUGUCCACAAAGUUCCUUACUUGAGAGUAAAAUUCGUUCUUUUAUUUUAAGUAAUGAUAUAAGAGGUCUGAUGGAUCCAAAAAUUGGCAAUUGUGUUUGCCUAAGGGUGUUGAACUUGCAGUUUGCAGAGAUUAGAAGUAUACCCAAUUCAAUAGCUAAGCUACUGCAUUUAAGGUAUCUUAACUUAUAUUGUAAUAGUAGUUUGGAGGUACUCUCUGAUUCUAUUACUAAACUACAUAACCUCCAGACAUUAGUUUUAAACACUUGCUAUAAUUUGAGGGAGUUGCCCAAAGAUUUUAGCAAGUUGGUCAAACUUAGGCACUUGGAUUUAAGUGGCUGUAGUGAGUUAACUGGUAUGCCUUUAGGCAUGGAUAAAUUAACUAAUCUUAGAUACUUGAACUUAAAUCUUUGUUGGGGGUUGAGUAGUAUGCCUUCAGGCAUAGAUAAGCUGACUAGUUUGAGGGUGUUGCCAUUCUUUGUGGUGGGUAAAGGUGAGAGGGUUUCAGCUGAGGAGCAAAAUAUAGGACUCAAAGACCUAAUAGGCUUGACCAACUUAAAAGGUGGCAUAAAGAUCGAAAUCGGUGAAAAUUACGUUAAUGAUGGAGAAGGAGACUAUUUGAGGAGCAUGAAACAUCUCAGUGAGGUUCAAAUCGUUUUUUAUAAGGAUGAGUUACAGUCCUUAUUACAAAUAACGAGGAGCAUGGAUAAUGAUGAUGGAUGUUUAGAGUGUGAAGCUGUGAUGGAAAAGUUAAAGCCACCUUCUAAUCUCAAGGGGUUCAUCUUGGAAAAUUAUGAGGGCACAACUAUUCCAAGGUGGGGUAGAGCAGAGGAUGAUUGGGCAAUUUCUUUCCAAUACCUUGUCAACAUCGAGAUUAAAUUUUGUAGUGAGUUGGAGCAGAUACCAUUGUUAAGUAAAUUGCGCUAUCUAAAAUCCCUGUCAUUUUGGAGCUUGCUGAAGUUGGAGUAUAUGGAGAAUAGAAGCAACAACACUAGCAGGGACGGAGAAGAAUUGACCACAUUCUUUCCCUCCCUUGAAUCUCUUCAGAUUAGCGAUCUUGGAUGUUUGAAAGGAUGGUGUAGGGGAGAGGAAUACAAGGCUGAGAAGGAUGAUGAUCAUAUCUUGAGUAGUAGAUUGACAUUUCCCUCUCUCUCAAAAUUGAUGAUUGAAUAUUGUUAUAACUUGACGUCGUUUCCCUCCUGUCCAAGCCUGGAAGAUUUGAAAUUCUGCUGUAACAACAAAAGGUUACCAGUUAGAGUCAAUGAGGUUGACUGUGAUGGAAAAGGUGAAGCCAGAUUAAGGAAGGUGGAAAUCGACGAGGUGGGCUAUCUCAGGUCAAUACACUCACUUUGUCUUACUGUCCUCGACAUAAAAUUCAAUGAGAACGUAGAGAGUUUGUCAGAAUUUGGAGAAGUAUUCAAGAGCUGCGCUUCUUCCCUAAGAAGUCUGAAUAUUUCACUUUGCUCAAAUUUGAGGAGAUUUGGAAGAGGCGGGUUAGAGCAUCUCACUGCCCUGGAGUCAUUAAGAUUUUACAAGAAUGAUCAAUUGAGCUUCGCUGAAGACGAGGUCGAUGAUGACGGCAUGCCUUGGAAAUCCCUUAAUCAGAAUCUCCGUUCCCUACAAUUUAGCUCCCUCGAAAAUAUGAAAAGUCUGCCCAAGGGAAUACAGUACUUGAACUCCCUUCGAAGCCUCACCUUUUAUGAUUGUGAGAAUUUCAUUGCCCUGCCUGAAUGGAUAAGCUGCUUAUCGUCCCUUCAGUCCCUGUCAAUUAAACAAUGUAGUGCCAUCAAGUCAAUCCCUGAAUCAAUGCGGAACCUCACUUCCCUUCAAAAACUUAUCAUUGAUAGCUGUUCAGACCUAGCAGAAAGUUGCAAAAAACCCAAUGGGAAGGACUGGCCCAAGAUUAAACACAUCCCCUACAUUGAUUUUACUCUCAAUUUUAUCUUGUGUGACUGUACGAACUCUGGGCAUUUGGGUAAUGCUUGUGUGCAUAUCGGAUCAAUGAUGAGAAGAUUACAGCUCACUGGGUUGGAUUAUAAGAAUAAAUUCAUAGUACUUGUUGAUGAGUAUCAGAUAUGCAGUGUUUUGGUAUUAGUCCAAUACAUGUCAGAUGACUUCUUGAUGAGGUCCUAUGACACUUGUGAAGCUGUCAAUGACAUAAUUCUGUUGGCCCUAGCGUUUUUUUCUGAUAUAGAUUAUCCUAAAGUCUAUCAGAAGCCUUUUGCUACACCGCAAUGCAAGGCCUUGAAUACAGAAUACCUGUUAAUCUAUUCUAUUGCUCAUCAUUCCCCUAACCUGCUCAUCUAUCAUUCCACUGAUUCCUCACUAAACACCUCAAUGGCUGACCUUGGAAUCACCCUUGCUGAAAGGCUCAUUGAAGUUACCGGGUGUGCGAUCAUAAAAGAGAUAUGUGACAUGUGGGGUUACAAAUCUCAACUCCAAGACCUCAUCAAAACUGUGUCCACCAUCAAGAAUGUGCUCCUUGAUGCUGACUCCAAGCGUGAACUCUCCCACGAAACACGAGGCUAUAUCGAGGACCUCAAGGCUGCUGUUUAUGAUGCUGAUGAUCUGUUUGAUGAGUUCUUCACUCUUGCUGAGCUCAAGUUGCUUGAUGGCAACAAGGAUGAUAAAUUCCUUAAAAAGGUACGUUGCUUUUUUUCUGGUAAGAAAAAGGAGGUGAGUCAAGCUCAUAGAAUGUCUCGUCAGGUUAAGGAGAUUAAGGAGCAGUUGGAUAGUAUUGUUAGUAACCAUCACAAAUAUGGGCUUAGUGUUGACUAUAAACCUAUUUGUAGAAGGAGGGAGGAAACUAGUUCCUACGUGGAUGCUGGGGAUAUUAUUGGGAGGGAGGAUGAUAAAAAGGCUGUCAUUGAUAUGUUGUUUAGUCCCAAUGAUGUUUAUGAAAGUUUCCGCUUUGUGACUAUUGUGGGAGUUGGAGGAUUAGGUAAAACUGCUCUUGCCCAACUUGUGUGUAAUGAUGAAAGGGUUCAAGCAGAGUUUCCAGAUUCCAAGUUAAGGCUGUGGGUUUGUGUAUCUGAUCAAGAUGGAGAACCAUUUGAUGUCAAAGUCAUUCUUUGUAAGAUUCUAGAAUUAGUUUCUGGUUUCAGGCCUGAUAAUACCUCUUCAAUGGAAUUGGUGCAAAAGUUCUUAAUGGUGGGUCAAGAGGGUAGUCGGAUUGUGGUGACUACACGUUCGGAGAUCACUGCAAAAAUUAUCGGGAAAAAACGUGUGCACAAAUUGCAAGGUUUGUCUAAAGAGAAUUCUUGGCUCUUGUUCGAGUCUGUAGCAUUUGACAAAUGGGAAUACGAGCAUGAAAAUCAUCUUGAAUUAGUUGAGAUUGGGAAAAAUAUUGUUGAAAAAUGCUAUAACAUCCCGCUUGCUAUAAAGACGGUAGGAAGCCUUCUAUUUGGCCAACAUGUCAAUAAGUGGAAGACGUUUGAGCAGAAUGGAUUUGUUGGAAUUGGAAAAGGUGAUAAUGAAAUUAUGUCUAUACUAAAGCUUAGCUACUACAACCUUAAACCCUCUUUGAAGAAUUGUUUUAGCUAUUGUGCACUAUUUCCCAAAGAUUUUAUGCUCAGUAGGAAGGAGUUGAUUAGCCUUUGGAUGGCACAAGGAUAUAUUGUGUCUCUAGACAGAGAUCAAAGCAUAGAAGAUGCGGCAGAAGAGCAUUUUCUAAUUUUGGUACGGAGAUGUUUCUUUCAAGAUGUAAAGAAGGAUAGAUAUGGUGAAAUUGGGUCCGUGAAAAUCCAUGACUUGAUGCAUGAUGUUGCUCUAGAAGUAGGGAGGGAGGAAUUAGGUGUAGUAAGCUCUAAUACAGCCAAAUUGGGAGAUAAAGUUCGUCAUGUGUAUUUUGUUCAUGGUACUUUUUCACAAAGUUACUCAUUUGAUAGUAAGAUACGUUCGUUUAUUUCAAUGCAGCCUAGAUUAGGUGAUCUAUUGUAUGCACAUAUUGGAAGUUGGAUGUGUCUAAGGGUGUUGUGCUUGAACUCAAUAGGUAUAAAAAGGUUGUCUGAUUUAAUUGGUAAGCUGUUGCAUUUAAGGUAUCUUGACCUGUCUUGGAGUAUACAUUUAGAGGCACUGUCUUAUUCUAUUACUGGGCUACAUAAUCUGCAGACAUUAGAUUUAAAUGGUUGCAAAAAUUUGAUGGAAUUGCCAAAAGAUUUUAGCAAAAUGGUAAAACUUAGGUACUUAGAUUUAAGCUUUUGUACAAAGUUAACUGGUAUGCCUUGCAUGGAUAAAUUAACUAAUCUUAGGCACUUGAAUUUAAGUCAUUGUCAUGAGUUGAGUAUUAUGCCUUCGGGCAUGGAUAAAUUGACAUGUCUUAGGCACCUUGAUUUAAGUGGUUGUCGUAGUUUAACUAGUAUGCCUACAAGCAUCGGGAAGUUGACAAGUCUUAGGCACUUUGAUUUAAGUAAUUGUCAUAGUUUAAGUAGUAUGUCUACAAGCAUUGGUCAGUUGACAAGUCUUAGGCACUUUGAUUUAAGUAAUUGUCGUAGUUUAAGUAGUAUGUUUACAAGCAUUGGGCAGUUGAAAAGUCUUAGGCACUUUGAUUUAAGUAAUUGUCAUAGUUUAAGUAGUAUGCCUACAAGCAUGGGUCAGCUGACAAGUCUUAGGCACUUUGAUUUAAGUUAUUGUCAUAGCUUAGCUAGUAUGCCAUCAGGCAUGGGUAAGUUGACUAAUCUUAGGGUGCUACCAUUCUUUGUGGUGGGUAUGGAAAAGAGAAUUUCUGGAAAGGAACAAUGUAUGGGAGAACUCGGAGACCUUAAACCCCUGACCAACUUAGAAGGUCGAAUAUGGAUCAAAAUCGGCAAAUUUAACAAGAAUGAUGGAGGAGGAGAGUAUUUGAAGGGUCUGAAAUAUCUCACUGAGGUUGAAAUCGAAUUUUCUGUGGAUGAGGAUGGAAAUAAUGAAUGUUUUGAGUGGGAAGGUGUGAUGGAAAAGCUAGAGCCACCUUCAAAUGUUAAGAAAUUCACCUUAUUGAUCUACAAGGGUACGACGAUUCCAAGGUGGGGUAGAGCAUCGGAUAACUGGGCACUCUCCCUCCCACAUCUUGUCGAGAUCCAACUUAAUAUAUGUUACAGCUUGGAGCAGAUACCCUUAUUGAGUAAACUGCGUAAUCUGAAGUCACUGUCACUUUAUUGUCUGUUCAAGCUGGAAUUUAUGGAGAAUACAAGCAGUAACAAAGGCAAUGACGAAGAAGAUUUGACGGCAUUUUUCCCCUCCCUUGAAUCACUCAACAUUUGGCAUCUCGAUAGUUUGAAAGGAUGGUGGAGGGAAGAGGAGUUGAUUGAGAAUGAUGAUAAUGGCCGUAUCUUGAGGAGUAGCUUCACAUUUCCUCGUCUCUCCGAAUUGGUUAUCCGUGAGUGCCCUAAGUUAACUUCCUUUCCUUCCUGUCAAAACCUCGAAGAUUUGGACCUGGAUGAGGUUGACUAUUUUGGAAAUUCACAAGGUGACGUCACACUAAGGGAGGUGAAGAUAGAUGACGUGGGUCUUCUCAACUUAAUACAUUAUCCAGUCAAUAAACUCCACAUACAUGAGAAUAAGAAGGUGGAGAGUUUAUCAGAGUAUGGGGAUGUAUUCCUGAAAUACAAAUACACUUGUUCCCUACGAUGCCUUGAAAUUUCUUUUUGCUCAAAUUUAAGGACACUUGGAAAAGCGGGGUUGGAGCAUCUCACUGCCUUGGAGGAAUUACACUUGGAUUGCAAUAAUCAACUAAGCUUCUCUGAAGAUGAUGACGGCAUGCCUUGGAAAUCCCUCCAACACUGUCUUCGUUCCCUGUCUAUUUCUUAUUGCAGUGCCAUUAAAUCACUUCCUGAAUCAAUGCGGAACCUUACCUCACUUCAGAACCUUAUUAUAUUCGAAUGUCCAGAACUAGAAGAAAGAACCUUAUUAUAUGCUAAAACGGGGGUUGCAGUGAUUCUUGAUUAG